AUGGCCACUACCGCAGCUGCAAUCGCCGCGGCGACUGGUGCGGUUGCAUACCUCAAUGGGAAAUACCACCUGGAGCAGGACAUCAAGAUGCUGAAGUUUCGGAGAGAUGCUGCGAAGCACUACGAAGACCUUGUACGAAGAAAGCUCCAAUCUCCCUGGUACUCUUUCGAGCCACAAGUCGCAAGAUUUCCAAAUGAGCUGUGUAUCUGGUCGCGCACCAAGACUUAUACUUGGCAAGAGACACAUGAUCGGGCCAUUCAAUGGGCUCAUUUCUUUCUGUCCCAGGGCGUAAAGCCGGGCGACAUGGUCGCCACGUAUCUCAUGAACUCUGCAGACUUUCUAGUCCUCUGGCUUGGUCUUUUUGCCAUCGGAUGUGCGCCUGCUCAUCUCAACUACAACCUCAAAGGCGACGCCCUGCUCCAUUGUCUCAAAGUCGCUAAUGUGAAGAUCUUCGUGGUGGACGAGGAGCCAGAAUGUGCCGAGCGAUUCGCAGACGUUAAAGAGAGGGUUGAAGAACUGGGUGUGAAAGCCUUCACCGUGGACGAAGCAUUGCUGCAGAAAGUUUACGCCGGCCCAACAAAUGACCCAGGUCCAUCCUACCGCGAGAAUGUCGUUGGCUCAGACCCAACAUGCCUCUUGUACACCUCCGGCACGACGGGCCUCCCCAAAGCUGGCAAAUUCAUGGUCAGCCGCUUCCACGAGCGCGGCUCACGCGAGAAACCACCGCUCGACCAACGUGCCGGCCCCGGCGGCGAUCGCUGGUACUGCUGCAUGCCCAUCUUCCACGGCACCGGCGGGCUCGCGUGCAUCAUGUGCCUCACAACCGGCCUGAGCGUAGCCGUGGGCCGGAAAUUCAGCGUCAGCACCUUCUGGGACGACAUCCACGACAGCCAGAGUACCAUGUUCGUAUACGUGGGCGAAGCAGCCAGGUAUCUCUUGAUGGCGCCCCCGCACCCCAGGGAAAGAGACCACAAGCUCCGUGGCAUGUACGGCAACGGCAUGCGGCCGGAUGUAUGGAAUCGAUUCAAAGAGCGAUUCGGAAUCGAGGAAGUCAUCGAGUUUUUCAAUUCCACAGAGGGCGUCCUGGCGAUGCUCGUGCAGUCGAAGAACGACUUCAAAGCCACGGCUGUAGGCCAUCACGGCGCCAUCAUCCGUACUGCCCUUAGAAACGUCCUCGUCCCCGUCGCCAUCGACCCGGAAACCGGCGAUAUCCUGCGCGACCCCAAGACAGGCUUCGCGCAGCGCACGCCGUACAACGUCGGUGGCGAAAUCCUCGUCGGCGUACCCAGCGAAGAAGCAUUCGCAGGCUACCACAACAACCCCUCCGCCACCGCGAAGAAAUUCGUCCGCGACGUGUUCAAAAAGGGUGAUUUGUACUACCGCUCCGGCGACGCGCUGCGCCGCGACGACGACGGGCGCUGGUUCUUCCUCGACAGGCUGGGCGACACGUUCCGGUGGAAGAGCGAGAACGUGUCGACCGCCGAAGUCGCCGAAGUCCUCGGAAAAUACCCGGGCGUAGCUGAAGCGAUCGUGUACGGCACGCUCGUGCCCAAACACGACGGGCGGGCGGGGUGCGUGUCGUUGCGCUUUGCAGACGGCGUGCGGCCUGAGACGUUUGAUUGGAAAGCGUUCCUGAGUUAUGCGCGGGGAAAGUUGCCGAGAUAUGCGGUGCCGGUGUUUUUGAGGCUGGUUAGGGAAGGGAGUAAUACGGAUAAUCAGAAACAGAAUAAGGGACCGUUGAGGGAGGAGGGGAUUGAGUUGGAUAAGUACGGAUCGAAAGUGCCGGGUGGCAAGGAUGAUGUGGUUAUGUGGAUGAAGCCAAAGGAGGAUAGAUAUGUGCGGUUCACGAUGGAGGACUUGGAGAAGUUGAGGGGUGGGGGUGUGAUGUUGUAG